AUGAAUAAUUUGCAAGGAAUAUUGGAACCAUCCACAGAUCUACCAGCAUUAAGAGAAAUGGUGGAUGAGUUGCAUGGAUUUGCACCUGAAGACAAAUGUACAAGUAAUACUAAUUCAUCGAAGGAUAGUAUCCAGGUAGACAAUGCAAUUUUGUAUGGAACAUCACCAGAGGCAAGAGAAAGUUGUAGAGGAACUGGAGAUAUAGAUUCACCGAGAACGUCAAAUGAAGGAGGAAUCGAAAACCUUCUUGAAUCUGUUAAUUCUACUGCUAAAUGUCUGUCAUGCGAAUUAAGUGAUCCAGCACCUCCCGAACUUUCACCAAGUCAAACACAACCUGCUGAACUAUCAAUAACUGUAAACACGUCUGAGCCACAAACUGUUACUGCACAGUCGACAGUUGCAUCACCAGCUGUGUCACAACCAGUCACAACGAAUCAACUGAGGAAACCACAUAUCAUGAUAAGUUACAAUCGAUCUUGUCAGAAAACAUGCGAAGAGAUUCGUAAGCAUCUUAGAGGUUUGAAAUAUAUUGUAUGGAUGGACGUUUACGACAUGCGUAAUAAUUUUAUCCAAGGAAUGGCUCAAGCAAUUGCAGAUUCCUAUAUAGUUUUGAUGUGUCUCAAUCACAAAUAUGAUCAGAGUUUUUGGUGUCAAAAAGAAGCAGAACGUAUCAGUAUAAAGCAAAUCAAAUUUAUUCCAUGUAUUAUGGAAGAUAAUUACAUUCCUUCGGAUUGGUUGAGUCUUCUGCUUGGUGGUAAUAUCAAAAUCGACUUUUCCGAUAGCAAUAAAUUUAAUGAAUCAUUCCAAAAUUUACGCCAACAAAUCACUUAUAUCGAAGAAGAAUUAGCCACUAGUCCACGACAAACCCCACCACCCACUCCAACGGUGCAAAUCGCUCCGAAUACGACUGUUCAAACAUUCGAUAACAUUCUUCGUAGUUUCAAAACAUGGGUUGAAGAUAACCGUGAUGCGUUGAAACGUUGUGAUCAAAACGAAUCAAUUCGUCUGAUCAAUGAACUUAUUCAAGGAUUAGAUAAUGGUCAAAACACUACCGAUAGUGAGAAUAAACGUGAGCUUCUUCGAAAAGUACUUUCAACAACAUCCCAAAAUCAAUCGAAUCUACUUUCACAACUAAUCAAUAGUAUAAAUAAUUCCUGUUGGCUUGCCAUCAGUGUUACACUUACUAUAAUGGCGCUAUGGGCUGCGAAAAUUAUUUUUGACAAGAAUUAA